CUGCAAACACUUUAUGUUCAAUUUAUCGCAGUUGAACGACUUUUAAAUCUUUGAUCUCUUGUCACACUUUCAGCUCGCUCUCACGACACUCUCAUUCUGCGAACUUCCCAACGAACCUUGAACAACACCAGCUCGCUGUUAUAACACAUCACAACUGGUCAAUCCGCCAACACUGCCAUGCCAAAAAUCGUCAGUUCCAGCACAGUCUCGGCAAGUAACGAUCUCGCGCAAGACGCCGAAAAGAACCUUCACGUGUACUACUGCAAAUUCUGCGGAGAAUACGUUCUCAUCAUAGAUAAACGCAUCCACAAGCUGCCGCGUCGGCCAACCGACAAUGCGAGCGUGAUAACGAAGCAGAGGACGUUCAAACUGAACUUGAAGCGGGGGACGACGCGGAUUAUAAAGAGAUCCACGGGAUACGAAAAACAGUGCAGAUGGGAAUGUCCGCGGUGUGAUCUCCCCGUCGCAUAUGACCAGGAAGCUGACACUGUAUAUCUCUUUGAUGGGUCCGUUGAGGCGUCGGGGACUGGGGAGAGGGCGAGGAUUGGAGCGGAGGGGAAGGUACUGGAUAAACGGCCGUCGGCGUUACAGGCGACUGCAGAUCAGCUCAUCAAAGAGAGCAAAGAGAGAUACCGUCUUUAUGGAUGAAAACGUAGCUUCUUGCUAUUACGAGAUCUGGCGAGAUACUUGUCGGUGCGAAUAUCAUCCAUUUUUGGCGUAUGUAUUACUGGACAAAUACAGAUACCCUAUGGAGGGGAAGAUGAGAUCAUUGCCUCGGCGCGGACGCCCU